AUGGAUGAAACCACUGCUGUUGUUGCUUCCUUCGACUUCCAGAUCUUGUUGGCCACUGAUUCUGACAAGGUUACUCAUCUCAAACAGUAUCCACCGGUUACCAAUAAAAUCUGCUCCUGCUUUGAAUUGAAAAGAAAAGAAUUCAAAGAAAUUGUGUUCUUUGGAUUACAGUGUAUUCUGAAGAAAUGUCUAUUAGGUUCAGUCAUAACAGAAGAAAAGAUUCAAUAAGCCAAACAAAUCUAUGAGCUCCAUUCCAAGCAGUCUGUCUUUCAUGAGGAAGGAUGGCGAUACAUUAAAAUUAAACACAAUGGACUGUUACCUGUCCGUAUUAAAGCCAUUCCUGAAGGAAGCAUCAUUCCUUGUGGAAAUUUUCUUUUUACAGUGGAGAAUACAGCUGAAAUGUUUUGGUUGACAAACUACAUUGAGACUAUUCUUGUUCAGGUCUGGUUUCCUAUCACUGUUGCUACCAUAUCCAUAGAAUUUAAGAUUCUAGCUCUGUAUUUACAUAAAACAUCAGGAAGUCUGGAUAGUCUGGAGUCCAAAUUAUAUGACUUUGGAUGCUGGGAGGCAACACUGGGCUCUCCUCAGACAUCUACAGCACUCAGAGGUGCUGCCCACUUGGUAAGUUUGCAAAAUACAGACACAGUUGCAGGACUUUUGAUGGCUCAACAGUUUUACAAAUGCAAAAUGGCUGGAUUUUCAAUCCCAGCUGUCCUGAGAAUAUUGGCAGAAGUUUUUGGAAGUAACUUGAACUGUCAGGGCUACACGCUACUACCAUCUUUCAUCCAAGUCUUUCAAGGAGCUGCUAUAAAUCUACUCUCAAUAGAAAAUAUCCUAACAGCUCUUAAAAAUGAAUACUGGAGUCCAGAAAACAUUGUUUUUGGUUGUUGUAUGGCUCUUCUACAGAAGCUGAACAGAGAUACACUAACUUGUUCUUUCAAGUGUAGUUAUGUUGAACAGAAUGGAAAAGGGCUGGAUGUCUAUAAACAGCCAGUGAAUGAUCGGAUUAAACAUUCAAAGAGGGGGCAGCUAACUCUGAGGAGAAAUCCGGAUCAAACAAUUGAAACAGUACAAGAAGGGAAAGGGAAUCCAGAGGAGGACCUCAUGGUUGCUGUUUUUGAGAAUGGAAAUAUUCUCCAAGAAUACAUACUUGAAGAGGUACAAUCAAAUGCAAAGCUGCAAGUUAAUGAGUUGUCGUACCCCAACCCAAAUGUAGAGUUGCUACGUGGAAGUUGA